CGGGCAAACCGUGAGCUAUCCGAUCUCCCUGUCUCGAUAGCUAUCGGUGCUCCACCGUCACCAUACCGGCUGAAGAGGAUCGUUGCGCCAUCUCCUCCAAGCAUCUACCUUUUCUUCCAUCCACCUCCAGAUCAAUUUGUUUUCUCGUUUUGAUCUCUAUUCUCUUCUCCCCAAAGGGGGAAACUUUGUUUUUGUUUUUACCAAUUUUUGGUUGGAUUCCUGCGUGAUGGCCGUUGAUAUGGCGGAUUACAGGGAGAUCCUCUGCUCCUUCCGCACUUUUGAAGAUUUUCCGACGACAAAACGGCGAGGAAUACGAGAUCAAAGGGUAUGUGACAGUUUCCCUCACGCUUUUAUACGAAAUUAAGGUCCUCUUAGGGUUUGCUUUCAGGAUUUGAAAAAAAAAAUCGUCCUUGAAAACUUUUAAGCCACUGUGCUCACCCUUCAUAUCGGGAGUAAGUUUGAUUCAGUUGUCGGAGAUUAUAAGACCUAGGGUUUCAUCAAGCGAAUUCUAGAGCUUCUGCUUGCUGAAUGGGAGGAAAUGUUCAAAUACCUACGCUUUGUUGCUGUAUUGUAAUAUGCUCAACUGGAUCUGCAGCAAAAGCGUUUGUGUAGAAAUAUUUUUUGGAGAAACAAGGGCGUACUGAUCUGAUUUGAAGAUUGUAGUAAUGGUGGGAAGAGAACUGGUCCUCAGGAAGGAAGCACCAGUGAAUCUUCGUGAGAUAGCUGCAAGGACUACUCUUAGGGAGGUGCGGCAGAAGGGACACGAGUAUGUGGAGCUGAGACAUGUUGGAAAGCGCAUAAUUUUCUUCUGCACCCUCUGCCUAACCCCGUGUUACAGUGACACGGUCUUGUUUGAUCAUCUUCAGGGAAAUUUCCACUCCCAGAGGUUUGCGGCAGCCAAAGCUACCCUUUUUGGUGCCACUCCCUGGCCGUUCAAUGAUGGUGUUCUAUUCUUUGAUAGUUCUCGUGAGUCUAACUCGCUGUUAUCACAUACAGCUUGUCAAAAUGAUAGAGCUUUGGUUGUUAGCAACAGUUCUAGGACUAAUGAUGAAGUAACUUCGAUGCUCAAACUGAAUUCUCUUGACAAGCCCCAUAUUACUGGGUGCAACAAAUCAAAUGGCUCAACGGAUGCUAACCUCAGGUUGGCUGCAAGUGGACGCAAGACUUCUGUGAGAUCUAACUCUAAGUUCCUAGAUAUGAUUUCAAGAUGCAAUUGGUUGGGGACUAGGUUGAUCAUUCCCAGAGUCUUACAUAAGGAUCAGUCAUCAGAUUUGGGAGUGCGACAUUUAGGGGUCGGGCAAAUUGCAUGUAGAAUACAGAAAAGCAAGGAAAUUCAUGGUAAGAUAACUAAAAUAUGGUGUGCUUGGUUUGGUGAAGCAGAUUCUGACUUUGGCGAUGAGUUUAAGGUGUUAGCAAAUUGUGACUUUGCUAUCAUAAAUUUUCCUUAUGUUUAUGGCUUAGGCAGAAAAAGUGCCCCAGACGAUGAAGACCCCACUGGUUCUUUCUUUGAAGUGGAUGAUUCUGGACAUCGUAGGAAGAGGAAAAAGAAAUCAUUCUCAGAUCAGGAAGAGUACUCAGAUAAUGUAAAUAUGUCCUGUGAGUCACCAUCUGAGGAUAGCGUGACUCUACGUGAAAUUGUGGCAGAAGAUUCACAACAUCUUGAAAGGAGACUUAUAUCUAGCAAAGUUGUCAGGCGAGAGUUUAGGAAACGGAAGCGUUUGGCUGCAGAAAGAACCUGCGAUAUUUGUGGGCAACCGAUUCUCCCCGGAAAGGAUGUGGCUACCCUACUAAAUGUUCGUACUGGCAAUUUAGCCUGCAGCAGUAGGAACACUAAUGGAGCAUUUCAUCCAUUUCAUGCAUCUUGCCUCAUACACUGGAUCCUCUUAUGCGAGUCAGAAAUAUUGGCUGAUCAGAAGACCAAAAUGAGAGUCACACGAGGCCGCAAGAGCAAAUCAACUCUCAAGAACCAAAUUACUUCCAUCUUUUGCCCAGAGUGCCAGGGUACUGGUGUGUGUAUCCAAGGAGAUGAGUUGGAGAAACCAACAACUCCAUUGUCUGAGAUGUUCCUUUACAAGCUGAAGGCACUUGCAGCAAACAAGGCUUGGAUGAAACAUCCUGAAACCCUUCAAAACUGCUCCACUGGACUCCAUUUCCCAUCUGUUUGCGUGGAGAAUUUGGAGGAAAAUCUUAAGCCUCUAAAGUUGCUGCACUUCUUUAGAGCCGAUGACUAGAAUCUGUUCAAAAUACAACGUCAGUUAUUGUACAAAAGUAUGUUCUGUUCUCAAUUCUCUUCUCUAACCACUGGAUCUAGCCUUUGUAAGCAGUUAGUUGACUUUGAUGCUCUGAAUUUGACACCUCUUUAGGAUGUAUAUAUACUGUGUGUUCACAAAAAUCUUGGUCUUUUGUUUAUAUUUUAAUCAUUUAUUGGUUAGUUUUCAA